AUGAUUACCGCUCUAACUAAAGCAAUAGCACAGCAACAAAGACAACAACCGAUGCCUCCUCCAGCCCCUCCAGUCCAAGUUGAAUUGGAUAAUAAUGACAUCAUCAACCUAACGCAAAAAUUCAUGAAAAUGAAACCACCAACUUUCUUGGGUGGCAUUGAGCCAUUAAAGGCAGAAUCAUGGCUACUUGAAAUGGAAAAAUUAUUCAAGGUCUUCCCCUAUACUGAGAUGCAAAAAGUUCUUUUGGCCACCUACACCUUAAAAGAUAAAACCCGUGGAUGGUGGCUGUUAAUUCGAGGAAGUAACGGGAAUAUGACAUGGACCCAUUUCAAUGAGAUCUUUUAUGACAAAUACUUUCCCCAAUGCUUUAGAGAUUGGAAAGUGUCCGAGUUCCAAAAACUUAAGCAAGGGAAGAUAUCUAUAGCCGAGUACGAAGCUAAAUUCACUGAGUUGGCCAGAUUUGCUCCUCAUAUGGUCGACACGGAUUACAAAAAGGCUCAAAAAUUUGAAGGGGGAUUAGACUUGAACGUGUAUGACCAAGUAGGUGUGCUGAAAUUAUGUACAUAUGUUGACGUCCUUUAUAGAGCACUGAUGGCAGAGGCCAUUCUAGUAGUAAAGAAACAAGCUACAAUUCCACUGACUGAAUGGAAAGGCAAGAGGGCCAGGUUUAAUUUCAAGAAGGGCCGAUCAUUUUUGAAAAGACAAAACACAGGAUCAUCUAGUAGUUCUGGUCAAAGUAGUGGAUCUAUACCAAACUGUCCAAAUUGUGGCAAAAAACAUAGAGGAGUAUGCUAUCGUGUAUCUGGUGCCUGUUACCGAUGUGGCAAAGUUGGCCAUAUGAUAAAAGAUUGUCCACUGGGAUCCAGGAAUGCCUGUCACCCCAUAGCAAGUUUAGCUGGGUCUGUUUCAGUGGCCAGAUCAAAUUCCAAAACUAAUGCCAGGGAAAACAAGGGGAAUGAAACAUUAAGACAAGAGAGAGUAUUCGCCUUGGUGCCUGGGGAUGUACAGAAUACUGAAUUAGUAGUGUUAGGUAUAAUUUCUAUCUGUGCUCAGGAUGCAUAUGUGCUAAUUGAUUCUGGUUCCACGCAUUCAUUUGUAUCACAUGCUUUUUCUUGA